AUGGGCAUGAAGAGGGAAGCCGUUCAGGAAGAGAGACAGAGGACGAAAGAGAGGGACCAGAUCGAGGUGGAAUCAACGAGCAGUGUACAGACAGACAUGCCAGUGGAGAGGAUACUGGAGGCUGAGAAGAGAGUGGAGUGCAAGACUGAGAAUAUGAUGCAGGCGACUGACAAGCAGCUGUUCCAACUGGUGGAAUGGGCCAAGCACAUACCUCACUUCACUUCCCUGCCGAUGGAUGACCAAGUGCUGCUCCUCAGGACAGGUUGGAAUGAGCUGAUGAUAGCUGCAUUCUCCCACCGCUCUAUAGGAGUGAGAGACGGCAUUGUUCUGGCGACUGGUGUGACAAUCUAUCGCAACUCUGCCCAGCAGGCCGGUGUCGGUAUGAUCUUCGACAGAGUGCUGACAGAGCUGGUGAGCAAGAUGCGGGACAUGCACAUGGACAAGACGGAGCUUGGAUGCCUGAGAUCCAUCAUCCUAUUCAAUCCAACUGUAAGGGGACUGAAGUCGCAGGCGGAAGUGGAGUCUUUGCGGGAGAAAGUGUACGCAACGCUGGAGGAGUACACGCGACUCACACACCCCCAGGAACCAGGGAGAUUUGCCAAGCUGCUGCUGCGGCUGCCCGCCUUGCGCUCUAUCAGCCUCAAGUGUCUCGAACACCUGUUCUUCUAUCAGAUCAUCGGAGAUGCUUCCAUAGACGGCUUUCUCAUGGAAAUGCUUGAAAACCCUCCAGAUCACAGAUUAGACUAAGGUUACAAAUCUUACUUUUGUUGUAUGGUUAAGAUAUUUUUACACUCGCUGUCUGUCGAGAUUAAUGGUUGAUUAUUAUCCUAUUCCAACGUGGUAAUGCAACUGUGCUAUUGCAGCUUCAAGUCAAAUUAGUUUCUCUAUUGUUUUAUCCUUUUGACUGUUACUUGUGGGUCUUAAAGCUAUUACCAAAAUUUAAUUCUACUUCUAAACCUUAUGUUUAGCACUUUAAAAAUUGUUUGGAACUCUCUUAUUUAUUUAACAAUUUAAAAUUAUUACUAUUUGUUUAAUUAAAGUCAGUAAUUAUGUUUUA